UCCAAAGUCAUUUUCCCACUUGGAUUCUCUUUUCUUGCAAACACGCAUAAAAGAGAGAAAGCGAGAGAAACCACAAAUGGAACCCCGCGAAAAUAGCCACCACAGCAACAAGAGAAACAGAUCAAUGUCGGAUACCGAGUCACAGACGAGUCAGUUCGACUCGUUCCACUCCCCGCUCCGAUCGGAGUCCCCUUUCCGCUCCGACGACCCGGAUCCGCCCCCCGACGAGACUCCGGCGAAGUCCAAGUCGAUCGUCGCCGUCGACAAGUACUUCUCCCCCGUCCGAUCUUCCAUCCACAAGAAGAAUCCGGAGAAUUUGAAUUUUAAACAGCCGCCGGGGAAGGCUCCGGAGGCGUUGCCGGCGCCGGUGGUGGUGUUUAAUCGGUCGGUGAGGGAGGAGGUGGCGGCGGGGGUGACGAAGGUGGGCGGCGGCGGCGGCGGCGAUGGAGUUUAUGGUAGGGGUUUGGAAGACGGGGUGGGAGGAGAGACGAGGUCGAGGGCGGCGGUGACGGCGAUACUGCGGAGGUCGAGUAGAGAGAUGAUGGUGAAGAAGGCGGAGUUAGGGUUUAGGGUUUGUGAGGUGAUUUUGUGCUUGAUUUCGUUCUCGGUUAUGGCUUCUGAUAAGACUCAGGGAUGGAGUGGUGAUUCCUUUGAUCGAUACAAGGAAUACAGGUAUUGUGUAGCCGUGACUGUUAUUGGAUUUGUAUAUUCUGGUUUUCAAGCAUGUGAUCUAUCCUACCAUUUGAUCUCUGGGAAAUACAUCUUCUUUCACCCCCUCCGUUAUCACUUUGAUUUUGCAAUGGAUCAGAUUCUGGCAUAUCUUCUGAUAUCAGCAUCAUCAGCAGCAGCCACCAGAGUCGAUGACUGGGUAUCAAACUGGGGUAAAGACGAGUUUACACAGAUGGCUAGUGGGUCUAUCGCGAUGUCCUUCCUGGCAUUUGCUGCAUUUUCCCUUAGCUCUCUCAUAUCCGGCUACAAUCUUUGCAACCGCACCACCACCUAAUUUCUGCCAAUCGCCAUAUGUGCUUUCUUUGGUUGGUUUUAAGGCCGGAGGGAAUGCACAACCAGAACGUGGAUGGAAACAAUUUCUGAAAUUUGUACAGAUGGAAACAUUGUGAGAGGUUUGUAGCAUUUUUUUUUUCUCUUCUUCUUUUCAUUACAAUGAAGGGGGAUAAAGUUUGUAAACAUUAGGGUGUUUGGAUCUCUUAUGGAAAUGAAACUAUUCCACCACUGUAUUUAACAAAAAUAAAAAAAGCCAUAUGAUUUUUCAUUGCAUGUAAAGCCAUAAGGGCCAUAUUUUUUUGUCCUCC